CUUAUCAAUUUGAUAAAUGCAGUUGCACGCAGAUAUGUUGCACUGAAAUCAAUAAAGCUGUUAUCCCAAAGUUAUUGAUUGAAUCCCGGCCGGGUCCUAGUAAUGGCAGUCGCCUCCGAGCUUUCUCCUGCAACGAACACGUAAUCGAGGUUUUGUUUAAAUCCCCGCCUUAUCGUAUUUACAAAUGUCAAGAAAAACACUAACAAAAAUAUUAUCUUCGGUGGAAAGAAUAAUUUCGCCGAAAUUAUCAAAGCUUACACAAGAUUGCUGCAUGUUUUGCUCAGAUCUGAUGAAUAUGGCUGAUGUGACUAUGGCCCUGUCCGAUAUGGGCUAUGCUUUUAAUACCGAUGGCCAGUUGAGGAAGCUUGGAAAGUAUAAGAUGUUAAGUGCUGAGCCAUUUCAAUACGACAUAAGUACUGAUCCAGAGGAAUGUCAGGCUAAUUACGAGAAACUGGGAGCUGUUAUCACCAAUUAUGUGUAUCAACUUCUUGAAACACAGGAGAAAUUGAUCCGCCUACCUGUUCCAAAAGAUUCAACACCUGAAAAUGGGACCUUUAUUUUUGUUUCAAGAGAUUACGACUUGAAAGAUGUCUUAAUGGUAUUGAUUCAAGGUUCAGGUGCUGUUAGAGCUGGACAAUGGUCUCGAGCCUUGAUAAUCAAUGAAAAUUUGGAUUUAGGAACACAGAUUCCAUAUGUAAAGAAGGCUAUUGGUAAAGGUUAUGGGGUUAUGAUUUUGAAUCCUAAUGAUAACGCCCGUGGUGAGAAUCAAAUCUUUAACAGUAGCACAGGAGAAGAGCAUGCUAAAUAUGUAUGGGAUAAUUACAUAAAAGAUACCAAAGCUUCGAAAAUAUUGAUAGUAGCGCAUAGCUAUGGUGGAGUUAUUACGGUAACCCUGGCUGAUCAGCUGAAAGAGGAAUUUGAGCAACGAGUUAAGGGUAUUGCUAUGACGGAUUCUGUACAUGGGUACAGCAAGUUCAAAGUUAAUGAUUAUCUCAAAAAGGUUUCAAAGAAUUGGAUAUCAUGUUCUGCUCCACUUGAUGCGCCAAUGAAGACACCAGAGUUUGACAUUACCAGAGUAUCUGCAGGACACCCUCGUCAUGAGAUGACGUCAGCCAAGAGCAUAGAUUCCGUGUUCUCCUUCUUGGAGAAGAACUUGACAUCAAAUUAGAUUGGCAAACUCAAUGCUAUUGCCAUAUUUCGUAUAAAUGUGAACUUGUAAGGCAAGACAUUGCCAGUAAACCGUUUAAUAAAAUUUAUCAAAACAUUUUAUCCUAAAAUUGAUGUUAGAAUGAAUCUAUUAAAUAAAUAAAAUAUAUAUUAGUGUUAA